AUGGACCCGACUGACUCGGCAGUGAAGAAUGCCGCUGAUCGAGCCGACGCUGCCCGACGGCGAUCACGGUCGUGCGUGACAGAGUUGGAGAUUCUCCUGGACCGCUUCGAGGCAAGAAUCGGGUGGCAAUCGCAGGCAUCCGGCUUGUCCGCCUGGUUGCGCGAGGCGAAGAAAACGCAAGGGUGCCUCGAGCACCUAGUGGACGAGCUCUCGACCGCGUCGCCGACGGAUGCGGCCGCGCUGGAGUCGAUCGGAACGAGGCUCGACGCUCGCUCCGUCGACGCCUCUCACGCCGAAACUCACUGGGACAUCCUCAAGCGCUGCCGCUCCCUCGUGGCCGUCAACCGAUCCUUCCAGGGCUCGACGAGGGACGACCGCAACGAGCACAUCUCCAACAUGGCCGUCCGCGGCCGGGAGAGGCAGCUCUUGCAUCGAGCCAUGAAGGAACAGGGCAAGGUUGACGUCGACGUCGUCGAAGCCGGCAGCGAGUGGCUCGACAUCAAGACCCUGCACACCGACAGGCUGCUGCGACAGAUGACGGACAGCGGAUGGGCGUGGGGCGACCACGAGAUCGGGGAUCCCGUCGACGCGCAAGAGUGGGAAGACGUGCCGCUGGCAAAGCAUGUCAAACGAUUGGUGGCGGCGGCCAAAAGGAAUCGGCACGAAUACCGGAUCCCGCGCGUCCGUGUGGUGCUGCCAAACAUUGCCCGUGGCAUCAAGGACAUCGAUGUCCUGCUGCAUCGACUGUGCCACUUGGACCCGGCCGUUCACGUCAUCAUCGAGGACCAGCGUGGCCACUUCCUUGGAACCGCGGCCCCGGUCGUCGACGAAGCCAUCGUGAACCUUCUCGGGCCCGAGUUUGACUCUCUCACCGCGUCCUUGAACUUGGAUCACACCAUCCUCAUCGACCUCAGCUCCGACAUCACCCAUCGCCGGCUCGAGGCCCAGAAGUGGCAGCCUGAAACGACGAGGUUGCAGAUCGAGGAGGAGGCAAGGCACGACGGCUUCAUGGUCAAGACGCUCUAUCCCGCCCUCGACGGCCGGACCCUUGUCUGUACCAAGGAGGCUGCCGAGCACUUUCACACAAUUCUCGACAGCGUCGGCACGAGCACGGAACGAGCGCGUGGCCGGCUCCUCGUGCCCGUGGACGAGGAGACUAGGAAGUUGAGCCAAGCCGACAUCAGGUCUCGAUUCCAGCGCCUGUCAAUCCACCACCUCCCGCCCGCCGUCCAGAUUCCCAUUCGUAUUCUCGACGAAGGAUGGGACUGGGAGAGCGUCAACCGUGCCGUCUUGCAGAAACGUCUGCCCCGCGUGGCGCUCGAUGUGGCCCGUUGUGGUCGUCUCAAGAGCUCCAAACUGUCCAUCUACAUGCACGGGUGGGCGUCAGGCAUGACGACCAUCACGUCGAACAAGGAGGUGCGCGGCCAGAUACGGACCUGGCUGGAGAAGAACCGGCGCCAUCAUAGCGACUGCGGCCCCAGAAUCUGGAGCAUCGGCGUCACGAGGAACUUGCUGGCAAAGAGCGCGACGCCACCGGCCGGCGUAUGA